GGCCGGCGGCGGCGCGCAGCGGGUCCGGGGCCGCUCACAGCGGCGGCGGCGGCGGGGCCAUGAAGGUGAAGAAGAGCGGCGGGGCCGGGGCGGCGGCGGCGCGCACCGAGGAGGAGCUGGGCCGCAAGGCGCUCAUCGGGCCCGACGAUGUGCUGGGGCUGCAGCGGGUCACCAGCGAUUAUUUGUGCACUCCAGAGGAAAAUGUUUACAAGAUAGACUUCACCAGGUUCAAAAUCCGGGACAUGGAAUCUGGCACAGUCUUGUUUGAAAUCACCAAACCAGCAGCUUCAGAACGUGAACACAAUGACAAGAAGGACAUUGACCCCAAUGCUGGACGGUUUGUACGCUACCAGUUUACUCCAGCUUUUCUUAGACUUCGGCAAGUGGGAGCCACGGUGGAAUUCACAGUAGGGGACAAACCCAUUAAUAACUUCCGCAUGAUUGAGAGGCACUACUUCCGGGAUCAGUUGCUUAAGAGUUUUGAUUUUGAAUUUGGGUUCUGCAUCCCCAGCAGUAAAAAUACUUGUGAGCACAUCUAUGAAUUCCCACAGCUCUCUGAGGAUCUCAUUCGAGAGAUGAUCCUUCAUCCAUAUGAGACACAGUCGGACAGUUUCUACUUUGUAGACAACAAGCUCGUGAUGCACAACAAGGCAGAUUAUUCAUACAGUGGAGGACCUUGAGCACAGGAUGGACGACCAACCUGUGCUGGCCUUCCCUUUCCUAUCAAAGUCGUCAGGGAUACCACCACCUUCCGUUCUGUUGCCUACAAUGUCAACUGGACAAGGAUCCACAAACCCAGGACUCUUUGCCACAGUAGGAGUUUCAUGACUAAAUUUGCCAGUCUCAUCUUUUUUGAGCUUUGAAGCAGACCUAGUUCUUCAGAACUUUAAGUGGUUCUACAAUGCUAAAUGAUCUUUGGCUACCACUUCCCUAAGUUCUUUAAGUGUCUCCUUUGAAAAUGGCCUUGUGGGACCUGAGGGAUUUUGCCCUAAUUCUGCAGAUUUGUGUUCUUGCCCUCAAGUAUCUUUUUAAGACAUGAUUGCUUUCUGAGAGUGUAAUCUGAGAAACCAUGC